CUAAACCGGGCCUCCUGCCACGCAAAGGCGAUUUGCAGUUUUUGCUCAGCAGCUGCCCGGAGACAUCCAAGUCACCAGCCGUUGCACUGGCUGCUCUGCUUUGGGAAAGGCGGAAGGCCCGGCGGCAAAGGUUUCCAACAUGUCUGAAGGAUAUUGCAUGGACAGACGGACAGGGCAUUGGGUUGUGCCCAAGCCCGGGGACCUUAUUGAGAUUUCCCGCUUGGGAUACCAGCACUGGGCUGUCUAUGUGGGAUCUGGUUACGUGAUCCACUUGGCUUCCUCUGGUGACUUCGUAAAAGCCAGCACAAACAGCCUCCUGUCGGUUAUGACGGAAAAAGCCAUGGUGAAGAAGGAACUGCUGACGGACAUCGUUCGGGGCGAUGACUAUUGCGUCAACAACAAAUAUGAUGACAGAUGCCGCCCGCUUCCCGCCAACAAAAUUGUCCAGGAGGCGGAAGAGCUCUUGGGAGAGGAAAUGCACUACAGCGUGACCAGCAAUAACUGCGAACACUUUGUCACCAGGCUCCGCUAUGGCACAGCUAGGAGCGACCAGGUGAGAGAUGCCGUGAUUGCUGGCACUGUUGGAUUGGUCGGUGUUGGGGCGAUGGUCGUUUUGGCAGGCGUGAUUGGCAGCCUGUUGUCGCCCAGGAAUCAGGAAAAGAAAUAAUUGCGUCCGAUUCCCAACUCAGACUCACAUUUCCCCUGUUUUCAGAAGCCCUCUCUGAUUCAAACUUAACCUCUUCCCUAUAUUUCCAAUGUGAGUGAUGAACAAUGCAACGUCAUGCUGGAUUUCUGUUUUGUGAUCUUACCAGAGAUUGCUAAUAAUUAUUGCAAUUAUUUUGUACCUCCAAUGACUUGUACACAAUAUACACACAUUUUGUGGGUUUUUUGUAUAAUUUGGAGAACUGAAAUACAGCCCGUCCCCGAUUUACACACAACCUAUUUACAGACGACUCCCAGUUGAGUCCAGUGGUGGAAAAAGCACCGAAUUAGAGAUUGCCAAUGAAAGCAAUUAUUUUGUACAGUAGAGUCUCACUUAUCCAACGUUCUGGAUUAUCCAACGCAUUUUUGUAGUCAAUGCUUUCAAUACAUCAUGAUAUUUUGGUGCUAAAUUCGUAAAUACAGUAAUUACUAUGUAGCAUUACUGCAUAUUGAACUACUUUUUCUGUCAAAUUUGUUGUAUAAGAUGAUGUUUUGGUGCUUAAUUUGUAAAAUCAUAACCUAAUUUGAUGUUUAAUAGGCUUUUCCUUAAUUUCUCCUUAUUAUCCAACAUAUUCGCUUAUCCAACAUUCUGCUGGCCCGUUUACGUUGGAUAAGUGAGAAUCUACUGUACUUCCAAUGACUUGUCACACAAUACCUGACUGCAAAAUAUACACACAUUUUGUGCUUUUUAUAUAGUUUGGAGAACUGAAAUACAGCCCGUCCCCGAUUUACACACAACCUAUUUGCAGACGACUCCCAGUUGAGUCCAGUGGUGGAAAAAGCACCGAAUUAGAGAUUGCCAAUGAAAGCAAUUAUUUUGUACUUCCAAUGACUUGUCACACAAUACCUGACUGCAAAAUAUAUACACAUUUUGGGGUUUUUUUUGUAUAGUUUGGAGAACUGAAAUACAGUCCAUCCCUGAUUUACACACAACCUAUUUACAGAUGACUCCCAGUUGAGUCCAGGGCCGAGACAACAGGAAGUAAGAAAAAUAUUCUCUUUACAAGAAAAAUUCACUUCUGAGUUACCAUCAUGAGUCGAGAUAUCAUGUUCUUUCGCACCUCUUCAAACCAAGCUUUACUUAACAUUCAACUACUUUAUGUUCUUAAUUAUUGUCCACCCUCUUCCUUAAUAAAAAGUUUCAAUUAA